AUGCAGGGGCAGCGCGGGAUCAUGCGCAUGGUGGACGACCGCGUGGUCAUCGUUCUCGACCCCGAGGAUGACUCCCGCGGGAAUGGGCCCUACGGUCAUCGUGCGGGCCCACAUCGCACUCGCGGUGCUCUAGCACAGGGAAUCAAGAAUCGCGAGAAACGAUACGUUUUCGACAGGGCGUAUGAUGGCGAGGCGUCGAACCAGCAUGUCUACCGCCAUACCGUCGCGGGCCUCAUCCCCGGAGUGCUCCAGGGCUGGAAUGCAACGUGCUUCGCCUACGGGGCGACGGGAUCUGGGAAGACUUACACGAUGGUCGGCAGCCAGGAGGACCCGGGCCUGAUGGUGCUGUCACUGCAAGGCCUCUUCAGGCUGGUCCGCGAGGACGGUGGCGCGCUGAACAGUGUGCCCCGCAGCCCGAGUACGGGUGGUGACGGAGCAUGGACCAUAUCCUGCUCGUAUCUGGAGGUGUAUAACGAGGUAAUCUACGAUCUCUUGAUCGACAGUUCGCCCCCGCUCGAGCUUCGAGAGGACCCCGAGCUGGGUGCUGUGGUGGCAAACCUGAACCACGUGACGGUCGAGUCGGUGGAGGACAUCUUCAAGCUGCUGACAGGUGGGAAUGCAAGACGGAAGACCGAGAGCACGGACAUGAAUGCGACGAGCUCGAGGAGCCAUGCUGUCCUGGAAAUCUCGAUCACGCGCACUACGGUCAACCACUACAAACGCGUCGUUCACACCGGCCGUCUCUCUUUGGUCGACCUGGCCGGGUCUGAGCGCGCCAGUGAUACCAACAAUCGGGGACAACAGCUAAAGGACGGUGCCAACAUCAACCGAUCACUGCUUGCGCUCGCUGAGUGCAUCCAUGCCCUUGGACGGUACGGAAAGCGGAGGGGGCGGAAGGGCGACGUGUUUGUUCCGUUUCGGAACUCCAAACUGACGCGGAUCUUGAAGGAGGGGCUGUGUGGGAACAGCCGGACGGCGAUGAUUGCGACGGUGUCGCCUGCUGACGGCCAAUAUGCACACUCGAUCAACACGCUGAAAUGGGCGAAUCGGGCCAAGGAGAUCAAGACGCACGUGCGGCGCAACAACAUGACCGUUGAUGCGCACAUCUCAGAAUAUCAGCGCAUGAUUGAUGCGCUGCGCGAGGAGAAUCGCGAGCUGAAGGCUGCUCUGCGGGGAAGCUGCGGGGCGCCUGCCGCCACUUUCGAGUCCCAGGUCGCACGCAUGCCGAACACUGCUGCAACGCCGGCUGCGCGUGCAUCAAGUUGCCGCAGCACGCAGCAAAUCGCUGUCGCUAUCCGGGGGAACGCAAAGGAGCGGCGGGCCCAGCAGCAAGCUCUUCUCCAAGUUGAAGAGCUUGUGGUGCGCUCUCGACAGGAGGCAGACGAGGUCCGGCGGGAACUCGACGCUCUCGAUGCAGCUGGCCUGCCGAAAAAUUCGGCGCUGCACGUUCAGCUGUCUCGACAGUGUGCACGAGCAGAAGAGCAAUUGCGCGACGCAACGCGCUCACGCAUACGUUUGACGAAAGAGCUGAACCAGCUCGACGAAGACCACGGCAUGCUGCUGGGUACGAGCAGAGCGCGGGGCGUAUCGGAACAGGUGGCUUCGCAGGUCCUGGCAGGCAGUCAGGAGGUGCAAGGCGCACAGGACGCGCUCCUGCUGGACGCGUACUGCAAUAUUAUUCUCGAGCAGCAGCACGUGAUCCAAAAUCUGUGGCACGCGCUGGAGGCGACCGGCGCAUCCCGGGGCAAUGUCCUGCGCGCAUUGGUGCGCACGGGAAUGCUGCCCAUGGAUCGUUCGGCCCUCGGAGAACCGCCAGAGCCGGCGAGCGGCGUGCCACGGCCGAUGCGGUCGUGCGGGGCGACCUCUGGACAGCAAGGUUGGUCGGGACUCGACCUCGAGUCGCUCGUGGAUCACGACAGCACUGGACAGGAGGAACGCCAGCAGGUGCUGGCGGCUACCGGCGGGCGGCUGGACCGGUACAUGAGCGGCAUGCAUGCCAUGGAGAGGUACAUCUCGCUGCGAGAUCUUGCGCAAGGCAUGACGCUUCGCGCGCACGCGGCUGUGGCGCAUGCAGGGUUUGCAGAUGUCGACGUGUUCGAAAACGCAUGGGACUCGACGGAACUCCAGCCCGCAGUGCUGCGAACCGUCGGAUCUGGGACAUCAAGCCCAAGAAGUGCUCGCCGGUCAGCUCCCGUCGAGGCGCUCCAAAGUCGCGCAACUGGAGCUCGAGAUCCUUUCCGGGCGGCCGACGAGGAAUUCUGGCUGGCAUCCCCUCGGAAACCGCCAUCAGCGCGGCAGCCUUCAAGGCAUGAGGCAUCUCCUGCGAUUUCGGGAGCGUCGGGUUCGGGACUGCCGUUGACCUCGCGACCAGGUCUGACCAGGCUUCGGCACCUGCACCUCCAAGACGCAGCGGACGGAGCCGCAUGCACGUCUCUACCUGCAUUAUCGCCCCGGCAAAUGAGCGCGGGAGCGCGCCGACCCGCGCAGUCACUGCUUGCCACUGCGGCGAGGGCCGUGCCAGAGGAUGCACCAUCAGUGCGCCAGGGUGCGCUUCGAAAGCUCAUGCGGCGGCGACAAGGCUUGGCGGCGCCAAACGCAGGGGAGGACGCCGGGGGCACGGAGCCGCCUGGUGUCCGUGCGCCUCGCCCAUCUUCAAGCAGGCGAUCACACCUGCUGCAUUCUUCCGCAAGCCCUAGGCCACAGCCCUUGCAGGCGAGCGUCCCCGCUGUCACGGCAGCGAAGACAGAUGGCAAAGGGAACGCUUCCGGAGGCGCAGACAGUGCUGGCAGGCGUUCAAAUGUAGCCUCGCUCACAGAAGACGCCGCGGCAACGAGCCGCAUCGAGGGCAGCGCGGCAGCGAGUCCGGCUAGCAGCGCACGCGGAGUCGCGGUGGCGAGUCCCCUUGCAAGGCCGGCGUCCAUGAGGCCCGAACCUGGAGUGCCGGCUGUUGCUGAGCAGCCGCAGGCAGUGAACGGCGAUGGAGGCGCCAGAGAGGUCGCGGCGCUUGGAGAUGAUGAGGACUUUGCUGUGCAGGCAACGGUGAACGGCGCGCAUUCGCGCAGUCGCCCAGUCGCGGACAGGGCAGCAAAGCUCGCAGCGCUGCGGCGGGGCACUGCGGCAGCAACAACGACACAGUUGCCUGAGCUGCACCAACCUGCUGAUCAUCCGCCUCGUAGCUGA